UUGCUUCCUCAUUUUGACUUAAACUUCCUAGAACAAGAUUGUGAUUUUCGUCGUGGAUUAUGGUCACGGUAUUGUCCUUGGGGUAACAUAAACUACAAUAGACAUGGCGAUUUUGACUGGAAUGUGAAUAUGAAUUCAAAAAGGGGAGCAUAUGUAUACGUAAAAUCACCAGUAAACGCAGGCAAGAAAAAGUCCAGGCUUGUCAGUCAAUAUUUUGAUAAUUCUAUUAAGUGCUUAAAGUUCUCUUAUCGUGUUACUGGAGCAUAUGAUGAAAUAGGAUUGAAAAUAUACCAGCAAGCUGCACAAAAAAGCAAAAUAUUACGUUGGUCACAAAGCAAUAUAAAAACAUCUGAAUGGCUUGACGGAGAAGUUACGAUGUCCUACAUAAAGUCCAGCUCAAAUUAUAGGAUAAUCGUGGAAGGUGUUUUUGAGACAUAUAGCUACGGUGAAAUUGAUAUUAGAAAAUUGUCCUUAAAAUCUGGAUCGUGUUAUAAUGGUAGCAGUAAAUCUGCAAAAAAUAUUGGUAUCAUUAUUGGAUCUGUUGGAGCUGCCCUAAUACUAUUCAUUGUCGUAAUCUUCCUCAUUUAUUAUUUCUGCUACAAAAAAUACAAGAGAAAUUCUACUGCAAAUCUCACUAAAGGUGUUAUGAAUCAAGUUUCUUCAAGCUAUGAAGAUACCACGACGACUGACUUACCACCACCAUCUUUUGAAAGUGUGUGUAAUUUACCACCAGCUUAUACCACCACACCACUUGGUAAAGUAAAUCUUGGUACAGUUCCAUCCUUUUUACCUGGCAAUCAACCGACAGACACCCAAAUCUACCAAACAACAGCACAAAUAGAAGCCAAAUGAUUUUUGCUACUCUUUCUGCUACUGAAAAUUCAAGUCCUGACUUAAACAUUCCAAUUUAUAGCACAUCAUUUAUCAUAUAAAAUUUGUAUUUGUACUUCAUUUGUCUGUAUCUUUUUUAGAUUGGAAAUGUGAUUUUAAAUAAGUUAGUUGGUUUGUAUAUGACAUUAGAAAUAAAAGCAUCAGCAAUAUACCAUUUGUAAAUGCAUUAAAUAUUACAAAAGAUGUCAAA